ACCACGCGCGGCCGCGCGCCGAGCCCUCUCCCCGCCGGCGCCGGGAAGCCCGUCCCGGCGAAGCGAGCGGCGCCGCCCUCAUCCGCUGGCCCGUCGCGGGGCGGAGGUCGCCGGCGACCCACCCGCCCAGGUUCAGAGGUUUCGAGGGGUUCAGCCCUGAAUCUGCACCUGUGGUGAGGGAUGAAGCUGGUGCCGAGGGAGGCGGAGAAGCUGGCGCUGCACAGCGCCGGCUUCUUGGCGCAGAAGCGCCUCGCCCGCGGCCUCCGCCUCAACUACACGGAGGCCAUCGCGCUCAUCGCGUCGCAGAUUCUCGAGUUUGUUCGGGAUGGAGACAAAACUGUAACAGACCUGAUGGACCUGGGGAAACAGAUGCUGGGCAGGAGACAAGUUCUUCCGGCUGUUCCAUACCUUCUGGACACUGUACAGGUUGAAGGAACAUUUAUGGAUGGAACAAAACUAAUUACUGUACAUGACCCUAUUUGUUCUGAUGAUGGAAAUUUGGAGCUAGCUCUGCAUGGUUCUUAUCUCCCAGUACCUUCACUUGAAAAGUUUUCUGGGAGUGAUGUUGAGGACUAUCCUGGUGAAGUACAUUUCUGCUCUGGACGCAUAAUCCUCAACCUUCAUCGCAGGGCUUUAACUCUGAAGGUUGUUAACAAGGCAGACAGGCCUAUUCAGAUCGGGAGCCAUUACCACUUUAUAGAGGCAAAUCCGUACCUGGUUUUUGAUAGACACAGAGCAUAUGGCAUGAGACUGAAUAUACCUGCUGGAACAGCCGUUCGGUUUGAGCCAGGGGAUGCAAAAAGUGUUACACUUGUAAGCAUUGGUGGCCAUAAAGUAAUUAGAGGUGGAAAUGGCAUUGCUGAUGGUGCUGUUGACAGUUCUCAGCUUAAUGAGGUAAUGCAGAAGAUUACUGAGAAUGGUUUUGGACAUGAAGAUUAUCCGGACGCAAGCGAAGGUCUUAUUGGUGAUGGUACAUUCGACUGCAGUGUUGAUCAUGAGAAAUAUUCUAGCAUGUAUGGACCUACAACUGGUGAUAAGAUUAGGCUUGGUGAUACCGAUCUUUUUGCGGAGAUUGAAAAGGACUUUGCUGUUUAUGGUGAUGAGUGCAUAUUUGGAGGGGGGAAAGUUCUGCGUGAUGGAAUGGGACAAUCCGCAGGGUAUCCAGCAUCUGCCUCCCUGGAUACAGUUAUAACAAAUGCUGUUGUGAUUGACUAUACAGGAAUAUACAAGGCUGAUAUUGGUAUAAAAGAUGGGCUUAUUAUUGCCAUCGGGAAAGCUGGAAACCCUGAUGUUAUGGAUGGUGUGCACAGCAACAUGAUUGUUGGGGUGAAUACAGAAGUUAUUGCUGCUCAAGGCAUGAUUGUAACUGCUGGUGGUAUAGAUUGCCAUGUUCACUUCAUAUGCCCUCAGCUGGUAAAUGAGGCAAUUGCAAGUGGCAUAACAACAUUGGUGGGAGGUGGAACAGGACCAGCACAUGGAACUUGUGCCACAACUUGCACCCCUGCACCGUCUCAGAUGAAACUAAUGUUGCAGGCCACCGACGAAUUUCCAAUCAACGUGGGAUUCACAGGAAAGGGAAAUACUGCAAAACCCGAAGGAUUAUCUGAGAUCAUUAUGGCAGGAGCAAUGGGUUUGAAGUUGCAUGAAGAUUGGGGAAGCACCCCAGCCGCGAUAGAUAACUGUUUAUCUGUUGCAGAAGCUUUUGAUAUCCAAGUUAAUAUCCACACGGAUACCUUAAAUGAAGCAGGUUGUGUGGAGCAUACAAUUGCAGCUUUUAAAGAUAGGUCCAUACACACAUAUCACAGCGAAGGUGCAGGUGGUGGUCAUGCCCCAGACAUCAUUAAAGUAUGUGGGGUGAAAAAUGUGUUGCCUUCUUCAACAAACCCAACCCGGCCUUUUACUUCUAACACUGUUGAUGAGCACCUUGAUAUGCUGAUGGUUUGCCACCACCUUGAUAAAAACAUCCCAGAAGAUGUAGCAUUUGCUGAGUCAAGAAUUCGAGCAGAAACCAUUGCGGCUGAGGACAUCUUGCACGACAUGGGGGCAAUCAGUAUCAUAUCAUCUGAUUCACAGGCUAUGGGUCGCAUUGGAGAGGUGAUUAUCCGAACAUGGCAAACUGCAAACAAGAUGAAAGUCCAAAGAGGUAGGUUACCUGGGCCUGGUGACUCUGAUCCUGCCGAGGAUAAUGACAACUUCCGUAUAAGAAGAUACAUAGCAAAAUAUACCAUAAAUCCUGCUAUAGUAAGCGGCUUCUCAGAUUUUGUUGGUUCUGUGGAGGCGGGAAAGUUAGCUGAUCUAGUUCUUUGGAAACCUGCUUUCUUUGGUGCAAAACCAGAAUUGAUUAUCAAAGGUGGUGCAAUUGCGUGGGCCAAUAUGGGUGAUCCGAAUGCUAGCAUUCCAACACCUGAACCUGCUAUGAUGCGACCUAUGUUUGGUGCAUAUGGAAAGGCUGGGAGCUCUCACUCGAUUGCAUUUGUGAGCAAGGCUGCCAAAGAAGCUGGUGUUGCAUCAGAGUACAAACUAGCAAAGAGGGUGGAAGCUGUUGGUGGUGUCCGCCAUUUAUCGAAGCUGGACAUGAAGCUCAACGAUGCGCUUCCGAAAAUCGAGGUCGACCCCGAGACCUACACGGUUACUGCUGAUGGAGAGGUCCUGACUUGCCAGCCAGCAGCCACGGUGCCAUUAUCUCGGAAUUACUUUCUUUUCUAG